AUGAUCAGAGGCAAUUGGAGUCUAGCACAGGAGUUUAAACAAAAUGAGAGGAAGCAACAAUCCAAAGUACAACAGCGACAGAAACACAAACAUAAACUAGAAAAACUAAAGAAUACUGAUCCGAUAAAGCUAUACCAUAGAAUUGAAAAUCUCGAGUCAAAAGAAUCCAAAACAGAUCGAGAUGAGGAUUAUUUGAAGUCAUUAAAAGAAGAUUGGUCAUUUAUCGAGAAAAAUAACUUGCAUCAAGGUAAGAUAAAGAAGUUCUUAGAGGAGAAACGGAAACAAGAACGAUUGAAUCUCAAAAAAAAGAGUAAAUUAUGGGGUGACAAAUCAAUCUACUUCAAUCCAGAAUUGAACCCAUUGGGGAAGGUUCCAAAUGUCACCCAUCUCAAUGAAGAAAUUGCGAGUCCGCUAGAGAACUUGACAGUUCCACUACGAGAUAAGAUUCGUUACCAGUCAGAUCCACUAAUUAACGAGUUGAGUGUUACAUUGCCCAAGGGUGAGCCACCAAGGUUUUAUAAACUCAUUCAAAAUACAGAAAAGCCAAAAAGAUCAAAAGAAAGUAACUCCAAUAAUGAGGACCAUCUACACCCAAAGAAAAAUUUCUAUUUAAAUCAAGAGAAGGAAUCCUCACAUUCUAUUCGAGAUAAAAUAUCCUCAGAAGAGCUGGACCUAAGCGAACAAGAGCCAUAUGAGCCCGACUUGAAAAAGGUUAAAUACGGAUAA